AUGCUUCGACACAGUGUUGAUAACUUUUGGAAAAAAUUCGAGAAUCGUCCGUUUAUUAGUUGGCGAAAAAUUAGUGGACCGAAAAAUAGUGGACCGAAAAAUAGUAGACCGAAAAAUAAUGGACCGAAAAAUAGUAGGCCGAAAAAUAGUGGACCGAAAAAUAAUAGUGGACCGAAAGAUAAUAGUAGACCGAAAAAUAGUGGAUCGAAAAAUAAUAGUGGACCGAAAAAUAGUGGACCGAAAAAUAGUGGACCGAAAAAUAGUGGACCGAAAAAUAGUGGACCGAAAACUAGUGGACCGAAAACUAGUGGACCGAAAGAUAGUGGACCGAAAAAUAGUGGACCGAAAAAUAGUGGACCGAAAAAUAGUGGACCGAAAAAUAGUGGACCGAAAAAUAGUGGACCGAAAGAUAGUGGACCGAAAAAUAAUAGUGGACCGAAAAAUAAUAGUGGAUCGAAAAAUAGUGGACCGAAAGAUAGUGGACCGAAAAAUAGUGGACCGAAAAAUACUGGACCGAAAAAUAGUAGACCGAAAAAUAAUAAUGGACUGAAAGAUAAUAGUGGAUCGAAAAAUAAUAGUGGACCGAAAACUAGUGGACCGAAAAAUACUGGACCGAAAACUAGUGGACCGAAAAAUACUGGACCGAAAAAUACUGGACCGAAAAAUAGUGGACCGAAAGAUAGUGGACCGAAAGAUAGUGGACCGAAAGAUAGUGGACCGAAAAAUAGUGAACCGAAAAAUAGUGGACCGAAAAAUAAUAGUGGACCGAAAGAUAGUGGACCGAAAAAUAGUGGACUGAAAACUAGUGGACCGAAAGAUAGUGGACCGAAAACUAGUGGACCGAUCGAAGGAAUAAUUUCGAGACGAUUUGAUUGA